AUGUCGAACGCACCAAUAAUUGAUGAUCCUAUGGAAACAGACAUGGAAGUAUCUAAAGAAACAAAUGUUGAAAAGUCCUAUGAAUCAAAUUUAAGACAACCCUUGAGAAAUGAGGCUAAGCGAUCUAAAAAAUCUAAUACGCUAAUGUUAGAUCCUUCUAAUUCUAAUUCUGAUUAUGAUUUAAAUAUGGAGACUGUAUCUCAAAAUUUAGCACUCUCUUUCACGACAAUGUUAGGUACAUUGCAUGGAAUGUCAUUAGAAGAUGUCCAUAAAAUGAUGGACUUGGAAAAAAACAUGAUGAUUGAAUUGCAAAAUGCAAUCAAGGCAGUAUCCAAGGUUUUUAAAAAUUCUAAUAGAGAGAUGUUAACGAAUCCUCAAGAGGAUGAUAUGUCUGGUAAUGAAGACAUAUUACUGAAUAAUCCUUUGAUCAUCUCAAAUGAUAAAGAAAUUCCAGUGAUUCCUCCAGGAGUUGAGAACGAUCCUAUGAGUACUUCAAUUGAUAAAGAAAUUCCAGUUAUUCCUCGGGGGGCUGAGAAAAAUUCUAUGAGUAAUUCAAUUGAUAAGGAAAUCUCAGUGAAACCCGGGGGAGCUGUGAAAGGUUCUAUAAAUACAUCAAUUGAUACAGAAGUCUCAUUGAAUCCUGGGGGGGCUGUGAAUACUUCAUUUAAUAAAAAUAUUUUAGUCAAUCUUCCAAAGGAAGAAGUAUCAGAAAACUCUACAAUAUCUUCUGAAUCUACCACAACGUCGACAUCAGAAUCAAGUAGAAAUAAAAUUGGGGAUAAUUGUGAAAUACCUAUAGUGCUGGAUAAUGAUAAUGACCAUUAUGAAGCUGAAAUCAUUGAAAUCGAUUCUGACGAUGAAGAGAUUCUAAAAUAUAAGGAUAUGAUGUCUUUGGAAGACAUCGAUUGUAUAGAAAUCGAUAAAGAUGAAUUUGACGUAGUUGUCAAUGCAAAAAGAGGUGGGAAAGGUUGCUCUGAUGAUUAUGAAACAAAUGGCGAAAAUUUUAUUCCAAUUGCGCCUAGUGAUGGGGAAGUAAGGCGUAGAUCUUAUAGAAUCAGAGGACUUAAUCCAUCUAAAUAUGCUCGUCGAAAAGCUUGCGUUUCCGAUGAAGAAAAUCAUCCAUCAAAAUGGAGAACUGAUCUUCCCGCACUUCCUUAUAUUUCAAAUUCUGUUUUACGUUUAUGGUCGACAGGAUUUUUAUGUCAUAGAGAUCAAUGGGAAAGGCUUGAAUAUCUUGGUGAUAAGGUUCUCAUGUUUUGUGUUUUGAGAUUCGCCACCACUAAAUAUCUUCAACGUUAUACUUCUACCGAGAUCAAAUUAGUUGCUAGUUUUUUGGUUACAAACAAAUUGCUCGCUGCAUAUUCUUUAACUCUUGGUCUUGAUAUAAAAAAUCAAAUGCAAAAACUCGGAAUUACUAAGAAGGUAGCAGAUGCGUUUGAAGCAUACAUUGGUGCAUAUUACUUGUCUGAAGGAGAAGCAGCUACAACGACUUAUUUAGACCAGUUAAUGGAUCCACUGUUUGCACUUGUAUUAACUAAUAUGAAUGGUAAACGUGAUAUUAAUAGAAUAAUGAACGUUAUAGCAAAUUAUUUCCACAUGGGAUUUUUAUUAACUAUGUCAAAAUUAAAAUAG